AUGGCGGGCGGGAAGAGCGGCGACCGGCCAAGGGGCGCUUCAGGCCCGGCCUGGGCUUGCAGCUUGGUAUGGAGAGCCAAAGAACCUCUGUCCUCCACAGGGUGGUCAGUUUUGCCCCAGAUCCUUUGCCUGCCAGGCAAUACGAUAAACAUACCACUGAACCAAUAAGCUUCUACCUCUCGGGCUUGGAGGAACUGCUGUCUUGGAAAUCUACCAGUGAUGAUGCUUUCAAUGUAUCUAUCGAGCCAUUAGCUAAACGGCAGCCUCCGCUUGACAGCAACAGGCCCCGCACGCUGGUGUGCCAUGACAUGAAGGGUGGCUACCUUGAAGACAGGUUCAUCCAGGGGUCUGAGGUCAUUGACCCUUUUGUAUUCUAUCACUGGUGUUACAUCGACAUCUUUGUAUACUUCAGCCAUCAUACGGUUACCAUUCCACCAGUGGUCUGGACCAAUGCUGCCCAUCGCAACGGUGUCCUUAUGCUGGGGACAUUCAUCACAGAGUGGUCAGAUGGUGGAAAGAUGUGUGAGUCGUUUCUGGCAGGUGAGGAGGAAGCAUACCGCGCUGUGGCUGAGCAGCUGGCUGCAAUUGCCCAGUUCUAUCGUUUCGACGGCUGGCUGGUCAACAUUGAGAAUUCUUUGAGUGUGACGGCAGCACGGAACAUGCCCCACUUCUUGCAGUGCCUGACAGCCCAGGUGCACCAAGCUGUGCCAGGAGGAAAGGUGCUGUGGUAUGACAGUGUCCUGAAAAGUGGAGAGCUCAGGUGGCAGAAUGAACUCAACGACCACAACAAGGUUUUCUUUGAUGCUUGUGAUGGCUUCUUCACUAACUACAACUGGAAGGACGGGCAACUGCUGCGGACAAGAGAGAUGGCAGGCGAGCGUCUGUGUGAUGUCUACGUGGGGGUGGAUGUGUUCGGCCGUGGUGAUGUUGUGGGUGGCGGAUUUGAUUCUGACAAGUCUCUGCGCCUGAUUCGUAAUCAUGGCCUUUCUGUAGCCAUCUUUGCGCCUGGCUGGGUGUAUGAGCACCUGGGCCCAGAGGACUUCCUGCAUAAUGAGAACAGAUUCUGGGGCCUGCUGGCUGAAUGGUUGCCCACUCAUGGGGUUGGCUCCCUUCCCUUUGGCACCAGAUUCAGUCUAGGCAUGGGUAGAAGACACUUCAGCAAUGGACAGGAAAAUGGGACCAAGCCGUGGUACAACUUGAGUUCUCAGGAGAUCCAGCCGCUGUACACAAGCCACCGGCUGCCUACUGGUGGCUGGCUGCGGACCCGGUGCUGCCUGCAGGAUGCGUGGUGUGGGGGUAGUUCCCUGCUGCUGGAGGGGGCGAUCCCACCCAAUACGAACCACAUCACAGCAAGGCUGUUUUCUUUUCAGAUGCGGGCACCGCAGAGACUGUACCUUGUCUUAAUUUAUAAACACGAAGACUCAUCCCAGGGAGUGACCAUUGCACCAGAGCUCACCACACAGGAGUCACACUCUUGUUACAAUGUUGAUAUGUUUGCUCAGCCUGAACCUACCCGGCAUAAGCCCUCGCCUCUUCUCACGCCUCCUCCCCACCUGGCCCAGCUCCUCAGAGGGUGUGGACAACGUGGAGCUCCUGGUUGGCAGGGUCGGUGUUACGAGCUGGAGCUCCAGAAUUGUUUCCUGAAUGAACUUUCCAUUGCUGUCUCCCGUCGGCACAGUGGCCAGGAUGAAGUGCCCUUCGCCUGCCGCCUGGGCGAAAUCUGGGUGAUGGAUGCUGCCCACCUGUACUCACGAUUACCCACUGCUGCUGCCAGUCAAAUCUUAUCCAUUGAAGUUGCCCACCUCCAGUGGCGUCGCCCUUCUUCGGAGGAGCUCUCGGUCAGUCUCACCUUGCGGUGGGCCUAUCCUCCUAGUGAGGCCAAGUGCUUCCAUGUCCACUAUCGAAGUGGGUCAUGUGUUAGUGGCCCUGAACCCCCUUUGCUCCUGAUUGGUGAAGCUCAUGCCCCCCUGUUCCGAGUCACUGACCUAAGGGUGCCCAAUGCUGCCUCUGAGACUUCCUGCCGCUUGGAGUUCCUUGUGGAACCAGUGUCCCGUGAGGGGGUCCAGGUAGCUGCUGCCCUGUGGGGAAAACUGCUCUUGGUAUACUCUAAUCCCAAGUUACCCAGCACUGGUGGCAGCACCAAUGCCUAGUAAAUUUACUUACUCUUUUUUACUUUAGGGUCUGGUGGGUAAAACCCUUGCCCAGAGCUGUGCUAUUUGGUACCACUUAAACAGGGAGGUUUUUCAUUUGGGGCACACUAGCACUAUUAUUCCUGUUCACAGGCUUAAAGAAUGUAACUGUGUGCCACUGACAUCAUGAGAUGUUUCAGGGAAAUAAACCCUGACAAGGAAUGUUAACAGUGUACUCAGGAGUCAAGGUGCAAAAUUACACACGUUUCCACAACGAACAGCAAAAAGUGGUGUUCCUUUGUAAACUUGUGGAAUGCAGCAAUGUGGAUUCCUCACAGAAACGCAUGUCUAUCUUCAACAUACGUGUUAAUACAUUUUUACCUCUGCAAAGGUAAUUCUGUUGGGGUGAGGUAAGCACGCUAGUCAAGAUACAAAGUUGUGCAGAAUGGAUUUCUUAAAAGCCACAUCCUGUGGUUAAACUUUAAAAUGUAUUCAAUGCCAUGUUGCAAAUGGGUACAGGUUGCUUGGACAGGAGUUGCUUAACAUGCUCCUUUUGGAGUUCUACUGCAGCCCAAGCCGUGCAGCAUUUCUGAUUUGCAAAGAGCUGGCCGUGUACAACUUUCAUCACCACCACUGUUUGUACAUAGCUAGGAAAGCCGUAGGUUUUUGGAGGUAUGUGGAUGGAAUGAAGUUACUAUAAUACGCUGUGAGUAUUUCUUUUGCCCUUAGGAAAAGGUGUUAAAAGAGAUGCUCGCAAGGAAGGUUUCUUUGUAAACAAGCUAGAUAUGUAACACAUUCAGAAAACGGAAGAGCUAGGAAGAGGGCUGAUUUCUGCCUUCUCCUGGGGAUACUGCACGCACGCACGCACCCCCCCUCCCUUCUCCAACUUUUUAAGAAUGGAAAAUACCUGACUUUUUAUAACAGGAAGAGAGAAUUCUAGAGCCUUUUGGUACCUGCUGAAUUUCUGCUUGCUCCUUGGAGCUGAAAGAUGAAUUUACUAUACUUGGCUUUAUUUCACGUACAGCUGAGAGACAGAGACUAGAAAGUUAAAACGCACCUUACGUAACUUGAUAAAUGUCAGCGGUGUUAAAAUUUUCAUCAUUUUGCUACCUUAUUUCUCUGCUAGCACUAAUAAAUUCAUAAUGAAAUUCCU